GCAGAGCCCCGUGGGUGCAAGAUGAGGCUUUCCUUCUCUUAUCAGCAUGAGAUCCCGGUUUCUAACUGGAAAAUGAAGUCAUGCCCGUUAAUCUGGAUGUGCCAAGAAACAAGCCUGGGAUCGGAUCAUGACUUGAAUUCCCUGUCCCCCGCAGCGAGGCUACAGCGGGGCUCUGGUUCCUCUCGAGCCGCGGCUGGUAGAGGCACUGUGGCUGCACUGCUCCCGGACACGGAGGAGCGAACGGCAUCACAGGCUGCCACGGCCUCAUUAACAACCCGGCAGCAGCUAACGAAGCAGAACCGGGGCAGAGAAUCCCUGCGGUGACCGCAGAGCUGGCCCUGCAGCCUUCCGUCCCUGCCCUCCCUGUGCUUGCACGUGGCAGCUCUGUACCCGUGGGGCUGAGCUCAGGGUCAGCUGUGCACGGGACUGGGGACCUGUCACCCCCUUUGAAGUCCUCGUGGACUCAGUCACAGCUUUUUCAGGAGCUGAAUUUGGGUUUACAAGGCUUGAAGUCAGCAGUGCCGGAGUUGGAUGUCUCAGACAGCUACCCCAGACCAUUCACAACCCUUAAGAAUGAUGCUGGCUCAGUUUGGCAGCCCACACUCAGCAGGCAGAGGCUUUGGCCAUCCCUGUGGGCACCCUGGCCCCCCUCUGCCAUGCCCACGCCCCUGGGGACCGUGUCCCUUCCCUUCGCUUGCUCUCCUGGCAGGCAGCACGCUCUCACCUUGAGGGGAGUGGAAACGUCAGCUGGAAUGCGGGCUGGAAAAAAAAAAAAAAAAGAAAAAAAAAAAAAGAAAAAGAAGCAAAUCUUGAGGCUCGUCCAAACCUACUCCUGUUUAUAUUGGAGCCUGGGAGUGACAUCAGAGCACAGAGAGUAUAAACACCAGCGGGACCCACUCAGGGCUUUAAAGCCUGCGAACACGCUGCUGCCGCCGGCCGCCCGGGGGGCGAUGCGCCAAAGUGCCACGGGGCGAGCAGCAUGAGGCUCCGGGUGGGGAAACAGCUCCUCUUCCUCUCCCUGCUCUGCGUCCUCUCCAAGGUGUGCGCCCAGCUGUGCCGCCGGCCGUGCUACUGCCCCUGGGUGCCGCCCCGCUGCCCCCGCGGGUCCCCCCUGGUCCUGGACGGCUGCGGCUGCUGCAAGGUGUGCGCCCGGCGCCUGGGAGAGCCCUGCGACUUCCUGCACGUCUGCGACCGCAGCCAGGGCCUCGUCUGCGACUACAGCACGGGGACCAGAGCCACCUGCAACUUUGAAGACGUGGAGGAGGGCUGCGAGGUGAACGGCCGGGUCUAUCGGGACGGGGAGGUUUUCCAGCCCAGCUGCAAGCUGCAGUGCCGCUGCCUGGAUGGGGGCUUCACCUGCGUCCCGCUCUGCCAGGAGGACGUGCGCCUGCCCACCCCGGACUGCCCCCACCCGCGGCGCGUGGACGUCCCGGGCAAGUGCUGCCCCGAGUGGAUCUGUGAGGCUGGGGACCGGCUCCAGGAUGCCAGGGCAGAGGGGAUGAGGAGGGCAUUUGUGGCCGUGCCCAGCCUGGUUGCAGCCCGGAGCCAACGCCUCGUCCCAGUAAAGUCCGUCACGAGCCCAUGGCACUGUGGUUUUGGUGGAGAUGGAGGACACGUCCCUGGGGAAACUGAGGAAGAACCGAUGGACCUUGCCUACAAAGGAGGGUGGAAAUAGAGAACAGGAUCCCCACACCACCCAUGUGCACCCCAUUGCCCCAGGCAGGGUUACUGGGCAGCCUCCCCCAGUUUCUUAAGCUGCACAAAAUGGGGAAACCCCGUCCCAAGCACGGACCCACCUGAGAAGUGGGGACUUGGUCCUUUCCUGGGUCGGUGGGGCUUUGGAGAGGGCCGGGUGGUGCUGAGCACCACGCACACCGCUCUGCUCUGGCAGAGGGAGACCCCCAGCGGGACCCCCAGUGCCG